UCUUGAGUAGUCACCCCUGAUCGUACCAAACAAUUUUGAAGGUAAACAACCUGACGAGACCUACGCCAAACUAAAAUUACUAAACUAAAAGCCCAGAGAACUGAAGCUAUCUGUCUGAUUUGUUUCCCUUCAUUAAAUGAAGAGAUUCAGAAGUUCCCAACAAGCCUCAACUCCAGAGCACACAUCACCAGUCACAAGACAGUUCAAAUCUCCUGUCUGUAGAACUAGUAAAGCCCAGUCACCUGUAAUCACAGAGGUGAGUGAACAGGUAGAAGAGCUGAGGAAAUCACUGCAGCAAACAGAAAGUGAGAUUAAAGAGUUACUCGCUGCUGGCUGUGAUGAGAGGGAGCUCCAGACACACAUAGACAAACUACAUGAGUACAAUGAAAUCAAAGAUGUUGGGCAAAUCAUCCUGGGUAGAUUAGCUAACCUAGAGGGUCUCCAGACAAAAGAUAUGUAUGAGAGAUAUGGACUGGAAUUAAAUGAUUAAAUACAAGAAUUUGUUACUACAGUCUGUGUUGCUUUUUUCAUACCACACCUUUCACAAAAACCAAUUGUAUUACGUUUAUUAACAUAUUUAUUUAUUUACUGUUCACUUCAACAUUUUGGUUAUCCUUUUAUUUUUGGAAAUUUUCAAUUGUUGCAAUUUAUCUAGUUAUAAAUUUCUGUUUACUUUUGUUAUUUGAAACACUAAGCGAUGGCCUCUGCUGAUGGUGCUAAUUUUGAAUCCCAACCAAAACCUAACUGGCACCUAGUUGGGAAGGUGGAUGAGCUGAAACAGAAACCAUGUCGCAAAAUCUACAUGAAAAAUGGCCCCAGUCUGGCACUGUUCUACGCUGCACCUGACACUUUCUUCCUGACCAAUUCCAGCUGUCCCCACAACAAAGGACCGCUGGAACAGGGGGACAUAGAGGACAUAGACGGCAGGUACCACAUCACUUGUCCCCUGCACUUCUACAGCUUUGACCUGACCUCUGGCAUGUCAAGGUCAGGGCUGGUCCUGAAGACCUAUCAGACUGAGAUCAGGGGAGACGACCUUUAUGCCUUAACUGACCAUCCAGUAUCUUUAACACGCUAGUCACAAAUUGUUGUAGGUAGAUUAUCUCCAUGUCUUAGUCCACCAGCUAAAUACUACAUACAAGUAAUAAAGUAUUACUGGACACGUGGGUCUUUUCAUCUGAUGACCAUCUGAUAUUUAACUUGCUGGUAUUAAAUUAUGACAGGGGGUGUUAUAUUUGAUAUAUUUAACUUGCUAUUGCUAACAAGAUGAAUUGCUUAUCCCUUAUUUCAACACCCAAUAUAAUUUACAUGCUAGUAGUUAUAGUAGUAAACUGAGUGUAGUAAACCUUGAUCAUACUUAAUGCCUUACCUGACUUUCCAAUAUCUUUGAACACUAGUAAGUAGCAUAGCAGAAUUAAGUAAAGAGGAUAGGUAUGCUUUUAGCUGAAUACCAUCAUGUGUUACGCAGAAAAUGCAUUCUAGCAGACCAGUGUUUUAUUCUAAAUGAAUGUAAAAAUAUUUUUUGGUUAUAAAUAGUUAUUAUAUAUAUAUUAUGAAUUACUAGAGGUAAACGACUCUUAGGCAUCAGGAUGAUUAUUAUAGAUGCAAUUGUUUCAUUAAUUUAUCUACUGUCAAGUACUUUAUCUCAAUAAAUCUUUGUUUUUGGAAUGUGGCAGAAGUUUUUUUUUUUGUUUCAUACUUUUUUUUACACUUUAAUUAAACUAUGGGUCUGUCAGUAUUAAUUUACACAAACAUUAUUUAGUUGUAUUCCUUCACUUAAUAAUAGUAUAUACAUUAUGUUUUGCUUGCAUAUUAUAUUAAUUUCACUGAAUUAUUUUAACUUAUGCAUUUUUAUAUUAUGCAUAGCUAUUCAGAAAUCAAAAUGUGUGUAUUUCUUACAUUGAUCUCUGAUCAUAACUUUGUUUGUUUUACCCAAGGUCUCUGUACCUUAUACUAUCACUUACUUAGUCCUUUGAAGCCCCUGAGGAGCUAAGAAGUUCUGCUAGACCCCUACACCUGCCUCUGGACAGCUCUCUUUAGUCCAGCCCAUGUAUGCUCGCAGACCUUGCUUCUCCUUCCACAAUCCUUUUCCAGUAUUGUUAAUUGUGCCUAUGUACUAGACUUUACUUGUUGAUAACUAAAAUUUUCUUUGAUCUACAAUUUUACUCAAUUUUAGUUAUUUCUGGAACUUUGGUUUUUUUGCAAUUAUUUAUACUGAUAGCAGGGAUUUUGGUUUUUAUCACUGUUCAAUAACUAUUUGUCUUUUUAAAAGCAGGCCUGUGCUUUAGAAUUUCCCAUUUUUUAAAGGCCCCUUGUUUAGAACUGAAUAUGGCUAUAAUGCUAUAAUAUCCUGACUAAUCAUUACUCCUGUAAUAGUUAACGCAACUGAAACUGUUUAUUAAAACGCUGUGCUUAUCUUUUCAUCUUGACGUAUCCAUACGCUUUGGGGUUGUGCUUCACUAAGAGAAAACUCGUACCAUACAGGAUGUCCAAAGUUGAUAUUUUAUAUCCCCACUCUGAUUUAGACAUCAACAAAAAUAUAUUUGUUCUUAACUCCACUUAAAAGUUUGAUAUUUUAUAUUGCCACUCUGAUGUAGACAUCAACAAAAAUAUAAUUGUUCUUAACGUUCUUCCACUUUCAGUAAUUUAAUUCAGCAACAUGUAAUAUUUAUGUUGUAGUGAAACUAUUUUUUAUAAAUUUAGUGUAUUCACUGCCUGUUAGCAGUAGUUUUAUUAACCAAAGCACUUGUGUUAUUAAUUAUAGUUAAACACUUUGUGUGCAGCAUGAAGUUUUGCUGGUUAAAACUUAAGUUCUAUUUAUAAGGGGCACCCUCAUGGACCAAACCUUAAAUCCUGUGUGUGUGUGGAUGACAUACAAAAUUAAUUAUCACCCCCCCCCCCCCCAUAUUUAAUUUAGUAACGUUAAUUUUAUGCUCUAAGGAAAAUAUAUUUGUUGGAUAUAAUUAAAAUGGAUGUUGCUGUCCUAUCCUAGGGGACAUUUUUUUGAAACAAUUUAGUAUUUACAGCAAUAUAAGUUAUUUAGGAUUUUCUGGUCUAUAUUUACAGUUGUUUGUUAUGGAAUGUGUAUGCAUGCACUUUACUCAGAUUUUUUGUUUCCUUCAUAAUGAUGAAGUUGGCUAUAGUGUACAAAAAUAUUAAACAUUAUUAACCCUGUA